UAAACCCAAUAACCCUAAGUCUUCACUCGCCCAAGAAUGUGUAUGCCGUGCUGUGUCAGCCUGGGAUCUACCACACAUGGGAGGACUGCAGUGCACAGGUUCAUCGCUACCCCUGGUGCUCUGUUUAAGGGUUUUGCGACGCGCGCGGAAGCGGAAACUUACCUCGCAUUGAUGUCUGAUUCUAAAGCGAUGCCCCCCUCUGAUCAGGCGGAAGUGCCGGAUGCUGUAGAUCAUCUGGUGACACCCCAGCAGUCGGAUUCUAACGUUCAGCCUCCUCGCAUUGAUUCUAAUAAAAUGGAAUAUAGUGCCGACGGUAGACUUCUAACUUUUGCGUCAGAGGAGGAUCUGUUUAUCUACCUUGGCCUGAAAUAGCUCGAGUGAUAUUUAUAUGAAAUGUCUAUGUUUCUAAUGGGAGAAAUUAUUUACAGAUGGUCAUACUAAGUGUGAUUGAAUAAAUCUGUUAAUUGAGGAUUA